AGGGAGGGUUUGGAAACCGUCUGAUCACUGAGUGUUGGUAUGUAUGGGUUAAUGGUUAGUGGAGUAUGGCGGUUUCCCAUAUCUGGUCUGGGCAGGCUGUUGCUUUCUUCAUCUGCAAGACAUUCGUCGUCUAAAAUGGCCUCAGACUCGCAUUGGCUGUCUCCAGCAGACAGAGAGCAGCUGCUGAUGGAGCUGAGAGCCACUGGCUGGCUGGAAGUAGAGGAGCGAGAUGCCAUCUACAAAGAGCUACACUUCAAAACCUUCAACCAGGCUUUCGGCUUCAUGUCCCGAGUAGCCCUGCAAGCAGAGAAGAUGAACCACCAUCCGGAAUGGUUCAAUGUGUAUAAUAAGGUCCAGAUCACGCUGACGACCCACGACUGUGGGGGACUCUCACAACGGGACAUCAAAAUGGCCAAGUUCAUUGACAAAAUUGCACUUGCCAUGUGAUUUUUGUGGUUGUUGUUGUUUUAUAUGAAUGUCAAGUUAAUUGGACAGACUGUUUUAUUCAGUUUUCCCAAAUGUCCCUUUUUUCUUCCAGUUAUAAUUUCAGCUGGUGUAAAGAAUUGUUUUUUUAGUAGGACAUUUUUCUGCUCCUUUUGGUCCAUACUCCUGGAGGCCUGUACAUCUGC